AAAACCAAACCCCACUUACUUACUUAAUUAUGGCUCGCUCAGAAACUUUACCUGCUGGUGAACAAACACCAGAAGUUACUUCCAUCUCGGAAAAGGAUAUCAAGGUUGACUUUAACGAGACUGCCCAGCAACUUGAAAACAAGACAUUUAAAGACUACAUUUUAAUCUCAUGUUUGUGUUUUAUGGUUGCCUUUGGUGGGUUUGUCUUUGGUUACGAUACCGGUACCAUUUCCGGGUUUGUUAAUAUGACUGAUUUCAUUGACCGUUUUGGUGAAGUUGGCCCUGACGGUGAAAAGUUUAUGUCUUCCAUUAGAGUUGGUUUAAUGAUUGGUCUUUUCAACGUUGCAUGUGCCAUUGGUGGUAUCGUCUUAUCUAAAAUUGGUGAUAUCAAGGGUAGAAGAAUUGGUUUGAUGUUUGCCAUGGCUAUUUAUGUUGCUGGUAUUGCUGUUCAAAUUUCUGCUCAAGACAAAUGGUACCAAAUCACCAUUGGUCGUAUUAUUACUGGUUUCUCCGUUGGUACUGUUUCCGUCAUUUCCCCAAUGUUUAUUGGUGAAUCUUCUCCAAAGGCCGUCAGAGGUACUUUGGUUUGUUGUUUCCAAUUGUGUAUUACCUUGGGUAUCUUUAUUGGUUACUGUUGUACUUAUGGUACCAAGCAAUUGAACAACUCUCUUCAAUGGAGAAUCCCAUUAGCUUUAUGUUUCCUUUGGGCUGGUUUCCUUGUUGUUGGUAUGAUGUUUAUGCCAGAAUCCCCAAGAUUCUUGGUUGAAAAGAAGAGAAUUGAAGAUGCUAAGAAGUCCAUUGCUAGAUCCAACAAGAUGAGUCCAGAAGAUCCAUUUGUCUAUGCUGAAUUGCAAUUGAUCCAAGCUGGUAUUGACAGAGAACAAAUGGCUGGUAGUGCCACUUGGGGUGAAUUAAUCACCGGUAAGCCAGCUGUCUUCAGAAGAGUUAUCAUGGGUAUCUGUUUAGCUUCCUUGCAACAAUUGACCGGUAACAACUACUUCUUUUACUUUGCUACCACUAUUUUCAAGGCUGUCGGUUUACAAGAUUCUUUCCAAACCUCGAUGAUUUUAGGUUGUGUUAACUUCCUUUCCACUUUUGUCAACAUUUGGGCUAUUGAAAGAUUUGGUAGAAGAUUAUGUUUAUUGGUUGGUGCUGCUGGUAUGUUUGUCUGUUUUAUCAUCUACUCCACCUUAGGUUCCGUUGCUUUGUACCAAUAUGAUGGUGAAUCCAACCUUCCAGCCGGUAGAGCCAUGAUUUUCGUCACUUGUUUGUACAUUUUCUUCUUUGCAUCCACUUGGGCCGGUGGUGUCUACUGUGUCCUUUCUGAAUCAUACCCAUUACGUGUCAGAUCCAAGGCCAUGGCUCUUGCUCUUGGUUCCAACUGGUUGUGGGGAUUCUUGAUUUCCUUCACUUCCUCAUUCAUUAUCAACGCCAUUAACUUUUACUACGGAUACGUCUUUACUGGAUGUAUUGCCGUUGCCUUUGUGUUUACCUACUUUUUCAUUAUGGAAACCAAGGGUUUGAGUUUGGAAGAAGUUGAUGAAUUGUAUGCCCAAAAGAUUCUUCCUUGGAAGUCUGGCUCUUGGGUCCCACCAACUGCCGAAGAAAUGGCCACUUCUACUGGAUACGCCAAGCCAAGCCAAGAACACGUAUAAAUUGACGAAACAUUAAUUAUCCCAGAAUGAAUUCUUAACGAGGAUAUGGUUUAUUUCUUUUCUUUUACUGUUGAAGGUAUUUGUUAAUUUACUUUAAUAGAUUCUUAUUAAAUUUAUAUUAUUUUAUUCUAUAAUAAUACAAAAGUUAUUUCUUGACGAACCAGUGUAGAGGUUCUUCUUUGGAAACUUUGCGUUUAGCAAUGGUUUACCAUUCCAUUCAAAAAGCCAGUAUGCAACUUUCUUUGCCUCGUAGUAGUGUGUUUGGGUAAACCCUAAAUGGGUCAUGAUUUCAAGUAAUCUUUUGUUGUCAAAGUACCUUGAGUUGGUUAUACAGGGAAGUGGAAGCACUAGAAACAACACGCUGAUAGACGUUUCCGUUGGUUUCUUUAAGAAUUUCGUCAUUCUGACCAACAUUUCUCCUCGUUCCUGUGGCGAGGGCACAAAGUUAAUAACCAACGAACAAGAUAUAAGAUUGAAUUUCUCGUCGGUAUUCUUAGGCAAUGGCCUUUCCAUGAAAUUCUGUUCAAGAAUCAAAGGAUCUUGGGAAUUCAAGUCUAUUCUAGUUAUAUCUUUGAAUAUCCCACAGGUGGAUAUAACAUUGUAC